AUGGAGGAAGAGAAAGCUAAAGAAAGUGGUGGUGAUGUUGAAUGUGAUGUUUGUGGCAAGGGACAUUUGACUGAAGAAUGUCCUGAACUAGAUCUUUCCAGCUCCAAGUUCAUUCCACAGAUUUCCAAGGCACGGCUUACAGUUCCUCUGUACUUAAACCCUGUAGAGUUUCCAGAUGGAGGAGUUGGCAUCAUUGCCUUGCAGCCCAUUUUCAAGAAGACUCAACUGGGGCCUUUUGAGGCCAAAAAGACUAUGCAUGAUAUUGAACGGGAUGAUCUGUUUGUGUUGAAGAUUCUCUCCAAGGAUGGCAGCUUCAUCAGCCUGGAUGCCAGCAGCGAGGCCCACUGUAACUGGAUGGCUUUGGUGCAGGUGGCCAAGACAGAAGAGGAGCAAAACUGUAUGGCCUACCAGCUGGGCAUCAACAUCUUCUUCAACACCACCCGUGACGUGGCUGCUGGGGAUGAGCUCAAGGUCUGGUAUGCUCCUCAGUAUGCCAAGAAGUUGAAGAAGUCUCUGUUACCAGAUGGGACAACAAAAUCCAUGCUGGGAGAAGUUCUCCUUCCAGAUGCAGAUGCCGUGGAAGAAGUGCAUGAGAAUGAUGGGAUGGAAGGGGAAGAGUCCAGGGAUGCAGACGAAAGCAGAGACUCAGAUGAUAUUCAUCCUGAUGAUGUUGAAGGAGAUUACACGUGCAAACAUUGUUUUGAAAAGUUUACCUCACAGUUUCUGUUUGCCAAGCACAUUCGGGAUCAUCUGUUCCCUGUGUAUAACUACACAGAAGGGCCGCCAAGACGAGGCAGGAGGCCUGUUCCCUUGAAAAUAGGAGACUACAAGAGCUAUUCAAUGGGGCUGAGAGGAAGACCUAGGGGCAUAGGCAGGGGAAGAGGUCGUCCAAGAGGCAGCCACGCCAGAAUGGUCAGAACGGGUAGUGGAAGGGGACCAGGACGGCCGAAGCGGGUUUUCCCAGAGAGUGAGACUGAAGAAGAACCUGGCUCUAAAGUUGCAAAAAUUGUGGCAGAUGAUGGUGAGGAAGCAAAUAACCAAGCCGGAAUGGAGAGUUUUUCUGAGGUGGCAGAAAAUGGCAGUGGUGAUACUGUAGAGACUUCAAAUAAAGAAGAGGAAGCUGAAGAAAUUAAUGUUGUAGAAAAAAAGAGAAGAGGACGGCCUAGAAAAACUAAAGCAGAGAUUCCAGAAGAUUCAUCUGUUGUAGAUACAUCAGAGGUGUCCCCUAAUAAAUUUGAUACCAUUGAGACACCUUUGGUCUAUGAAUCUUUCCAGCGCCCACGCAGAAGUGCCAGAGCAUUUAGAGGAUUGGGCAAGCUCGGAAAAUGGCUGAAAUAUCCUGGAGAGGCAUCUUCGGAUGAGGAAACCCCUGUUGGAGAAUCAGAAGAAGAUGAGAGAGUCAAGCCAGUUCGCAAACGAUUUGGGGUGGCUAUGGCAGCCUCACUGCGAAAGGCAGCGAUGGAUGACAUAACAUCGCCAGUCCCCAGAAAGCGAGCAGUAGCAAGCCUCAAAAGUCCGAGCCGUGAUUUUGGAGAUGCUGCAGCGGUGAAAAAUAUUAAAGCUGAGAAUGUAGAGCUGUCCAGCAUUGAAAACUCAUCCGUGCUUCAAGAAACUGCCAAGGCUGAUGAUAUGAUUAGUACUGUCUCCGUUGAAGACCCUCAGACUGAAGAGUCUCCCAAGAAAUACAUUGUUGUUACCAAAGGUGACACAACGACAGCCUACGAGAUCACCGAAUCACUUGAGAUGGGGCCUUCAGAUUCAAUAGCUUCUGUUUUAUCCGAAGCUGAUAUUCAGAGCCAUAUUUCAGACCCAGGGAGGACAACAGAAAUGGGCACUGUAGAUAUUUCAGAGGUGGUUCAUGAAGAAGUCGAAUCUGCAGUCAGAACUGAUUCUGGAAAUAAUAAAGAAAAUGAGGUGGAGGUUGGUACUCAAGAGGAGGUGGUUGGCGUGGCUCAGCAUGAGAGGAAGAACACAAUCGCCGAUCUGGACGGAACUGAUGCUCUUACUGCCCUGGUUAAUGCUGCCAUUUCUGCGGACAAAGUUCCGGAUCCUAUUGCUAUGGUGGCUGCAGAUUUAUAUGAGGAGAGGAGCAUGGAUGAUGAUAGUGAUUCCGAUGAGUAUAAAGCAUCGUACAGGAAGGUCAGCAGCAGGGGCAAUGGAUAUGUACAGACUCUGGAGGCGGGGGAAGUUGACGAAAGCGACCCGCACUCUCAACCUUUGAGGCAGCGGCGGAAGAAGCGCCGCCGGGGUGAUGACCCAGAGCUAGAGGACUUGGAGCGGAGGACCAAAAUCGUGGAAGGUCCCAAUGGAACAGAGGAGUUUGCCUGCGGCAUUUGUAGCAAGCACUUUACACAGCUGAAGUACCUAAAACUGCAUCUCCCGGCUCACACAGACCGGUACAGGUGCAACAUCUGUGGGAAGAGGUUUGCCCGAAAUGAGUCGCUGAUGAAGCAUACCUGCGAUGACACCGCUACUCUUGUGGAGCAGAAUGUCGACGAAGAUGGUAAUGACACCUUUUGCUGCCGAGAAUGUGGCCGGUCAUUCAACCAGCUAAAUUUUGCCAUCCGUCAUGCCUCGAUGCACCGUGCACGCUUCAACUGUGAAAAGUGUGGCCGUACAUUUUUGCGCCAGGAUUUACUGGACGAGCACGAUUGUGUGGGAGGACACCUGGAGGAAGGAGAAGUCCAGGGAGAAGCCAUCCAUGAGUGUCAGAUUUGCAAGCAGUCUUUCACCAGCGGCAAAUACCUGUUCCGUCACAUGGCCAUGCAUACAGAUAUCUACAAGUGUGAGGUGUGUGCAAAAUGUUAUUCCCGAAAAGAUUCCCUUCAGAGACACAUUUCCAGGUGCUGUCCUGAAUUGUCGGGUGAAUACAACGUCCAUGUUUGCCCCAACUGCAAGAAAACAUUCGGUACUCAGUUAGGACUUCAGAACCACACACUCAACUGUGGGAAGUACCAGUGUGGAGCCUGUAAGGUGGCCUACUUUUCCUUGAAAGACCUGGCGGAGCAUGAGUGUGCCGGCAAGGUUCUCAAUGAGAAAGCCAGCGUCCAGUUUCCCUGUAAAGAAUGCAACAAAACUUUUGCCAGCAUCGCGUACCUGGUCCGUCACGAAGCGUCACAUCAUGGUGCGUUUAAGUGUGACCUGUGCAAUCGUGUGUUUAUCCGCAAGGAGGAGCUGAACUGGCACACCCCAGUUUGCACAACGCACCAGAAGAUUCAGCAGGAGGGGAGUGCACCCUGUGAGACGUGCGGGGAGGUCUUCAAUGAGUGGUUGGCCUUUAAGGAGCAUCAUAUGACGCACACUCAUCCACAUAAGUGUGAUCGCUGCGGCAAAAGGUUCAUUAAGAUUGGCAGCUUACACAACCACAAGUGUGAGGCUGUCGGAGAGACAGGGAUGGAUCAAAGCAACCUCCUGUCAUGUGACAUCUGUCAGAAAACGUUCAAAAAUGAGCGCUAUCUCUCGCGCCACCUGUCCCUACAUGGCCAGCCAGAUCUUCACUUUUCUUGCAGCUCUAGGAGCAACAUGAUGAAGCACAUGAAAGUACAUGGAGCCAAGCAUGCAGAAUGUCCUAUCUGCCACAAAAAGUUCCACUACGAGAACUACCUAAAGUUGCACGUGGCUACAGUCCAUGAGAAGCAGUACCAGCUGCAGUGUACUCACUGUGGCAAAGUCUUGUACUCCAAGACUGGGCUGAUUGCGCACAUCAAACAGUUUCAUGCAGACACCAUCAAGCUGUACCCGUGCCCCAAGUGUGGCAAGACGUUCCGCCAGAAGGGCAACAUGAAGACUCACCUCAUUUCCCACACCAAGGACCGGGCCUACAAAUGUGAUUCCUGCACCAAGGCAUUCAAGUACCCAGACCAGCUGAACCGGCACCGACUGGAACAUACGCUGUCCCAGAAAUACUCCUGUGAGCUCUGUGACAAGCAGUUUGUGCGCACCUAUGAACUGCGCAACCACAUGCGGAAUUACCAUAGUGGAUACGUCUAUGUGUGUGGUGUCUGUCAUGAGUGCUGCGCUCACCGCCACACCAUAAUCAGGCACUACAAGCGUAAGCACCCAGAAGUUGGCAAUGUCUUCGAAGAGAAGCCAGAGUUCAUCGACUCCCUACAGAAGCCAGUUACAGCAGUCUCCCAUUCACGGCUGAUGUUUGAGCCGGAAGACAUGAAGCCGGGGAUCGUCCAUAUGGGUCUUCCCACCCAUGAGAUCAUAGUCACAGCCGAGGAUGGCAGCCAUGCUUAUUCUAGCAGGGAGAUGAUUCUUCACCAGACCUCAUCAGGUGAGCUAGUGUCAGGAGAUCAGAACCUACAUGAUGUCAUGGAAGUCUCCAAUGGAGAGCAGACGCUGUUUAUUCUGAAGGUUGUAAACCAGGAUGAGAAUGGAACUAUGCAGGAGAUGGAGUUGACAGAUGACACCAAGGCUCACCUGGCACAGCUGCUCCAAGCUCACGGAGCAGGACAGGACACAAUCACCCAUAUUCGGUUGGGAGACCAGACUUUACAGAUCCAACGAGAAGAUGGUUCCACCAUCAUGGGUGACGACUCUGAGCAGAUGGAAAUGAUUCAGGAGAUUAAGUUUGAUCCACAACAGCUUGCUGAGCUGCAGAGUCACGGGGAGUCUGUUGUAACUAAACUUGAUCCUGAUGCACUGGGGAUGUCAGAGACUGUUGAGAAUAUUGUCCAGCAGAGCCAAGCUGUUGUUUCUGCCAUGAAGGCGGUCACAUCCGGAAGAGCUGCCAUGGAAGGGCUGCAGGUAGUGGAGAUGGAUGGAGGCAGGCUUGGGCAUAUUAUCCAUAUGGAGGACGGUGGGCAGGUGUUGGAAAUGAGUUCAGGUGGGGCACAGGUCAUUCAGAUGGAGAGCGGGCAGGUGAUUCAUCUGGAGCAGAGCCACUUGGAUGAGCUGGAGCAAGGCAAUGGGGUUGUAGUUUCCGGUGAUUUUGGAGCUCAUGAUAUUGAAGGGUUGUCUGAGCUGAAGGUCACAAAACGCAGAGGCAGCAAUGGGGAAAUUGUUGUUGAGGUUGAAGGUCAUGAUGGGCAGAUGGUUGACCUCUCCCACAUUGCUGAGGCUCAGGCGGGGUUGUCUUCAGUCGACCUUGAAAUCAGCCAGCAGAAUCAUGACGAUCUUGAGGUUGAAGCGGAAGAAAGUAUUCAAGAGCACUGUGAAGAAGAGUCUCAAGAAAUUCUGACUGAGGUGAAUAUGACCGACUAG